AUAUCGAGUUUCUGUCUUUGAGUUUUUGUUAUUUAAUGUUUUAACAUUUUAUCUUACAAUUGCUCUUUAAAAUUUAAGUCUGAAAUUUGUCAUAUUUUAGUAGUCAUGAGCCGCAAAGAAGCAUUGUCGCAAUUUAUUCAACAAAUUCAUGGCCGACCCGUUGUUGUUAAAUUAAAUAGCGGAGUGGAUUAUAGAGGCGUAUUAGCUUGUCUCGAUGGCUACAUGAAUAUAGCAUUAGAACAAACGGAGGAAUAUGUUAAUGGACAAUUAAAAGACAAAUAUGGUGAUGCUUUUAUACGUGGUAAUAAUGUAUUAUAUAUCAGUACACAAAAACGUAGAACGUAACUAUGAAAUAAUAUAAUUUAUUUAUGAUUAUAUUCUUUUUUUAUAACAUACGAAACAUACAAAAUUAUUAUAUUUAUAUUAAUGUUCAAUGAGAAAUGACAUAAGUAUAUUAAUCAUUAUCGGUCGUAAGCUUUUUUCAUACGAUUUUCAUUAGGUUAUUGCGAUUUUGGUUUAUAUGCAUAUACAUAUUUCAUUUAUCACUUUUACGUAAUGCCGAAAUACUAUUAGUCAUGGAAGACGUGACUAACGUCCAAUAAAGGUUAAGAAUUGUUUUUUUAUAUGUAAGAAAUAAGAUGGGUGAAUAAAUUUUUGAGAAAUAUUGUAAA